AAGAAACUCAAUUCAGUGGGCGGGACAAACGAAAACAGUAGCGAUGUUAGCAAACCGUAAGUUUUCUCGCCCCAAAAACAACGUAGGAUCAUUCAUCAAAGAUGAGUUCGUUCGCGGGUCGAAUGAAGGAAUAUCCGACUAUUUCUCUGGACCGGUUCGACAGAGAGAACGUACAUGCACGCGCAUAUUUCCUCUCCCACUGUCACAAAGAUCACAUGAAAGGACUGAAGGGACCUUUACUGAAGAGGAAGCUGCAGUUCAGUCGCACAGUCAGACUCUACUGCUCCUUCGUGACCAAAGAACUCCUGCUGAGUAAUCCACGCUACAGAUUCUGGGAAGAAUUCAUCGUUCCGCUGGAGCUGGAGAGCCCGACUCAGAUCUCCUUAGUGGACGAGGCUUCAGGAGAGAAAGAGGAUGUGGUGGUGACGUUACUUCCUGCUGGUCACUGUCCCGGCUCCGUCAUGUUCCUGUUUGAGGGUUGCCAUGGAAAUGUAUUGUACACAGGAGACUUCAGGUUUUCUGUCGGAGACGCGUCCAGAAUAGAACACCUUCACUCUGGCAGCAGGGUCAAAGACAUUCACAGUGUUUAUCUUGACUCUACGUUCUACGACCCACGCUUCUAUCAAAUACCCACUAGGGAAGUUUGUCUGAACGGGAUCUCAGAGCUGAUCAGAAACUGGAUCUGUCAGAGUUCGUAUCACGUGGUUUGGCUCAACUGUAAAGCUGCGUACGGAUAUGAAUAUUUAUUCACGAACCUGGGAGAAGAGUUCAACACUCAGAUUCAUGUCAACAAUCUGGACAUGUUCAAGAAGAUGCCGGAGAUUCUGAGCUAUGUGACGACUGAUCGUAGGACGCAGAUCCACGCCUGUCGACAUCCCAAGGUUCUGAUAUACCUGAUGAGGAGUUUUUCCAUGGUAACCGGUUGCCGUGUGGUUGUUCAGCCGUUGAUGGGUCUCCUCUUCGUAUCAUUAGCAUCAAACCGUCCACCAUGUGGUUCGGAGAGAGAACCAAGAAAACCAACGUCAUCAUCAAGACAGGAGGAAGUUCCUUCAGAGCCUGUUUCAGUUUCCACUCCUCGUACUCUGAGAUUAAAGACUUCCUGUCGUAUCUUCGGCCGGUCAACAUUUACCCCAGUGUCAUCCCCAUCGGUCGCACGCUGACCGAGGUCACACAGAUGUGAGUCAUUUUGAAUAAACUGAUCAAUUUUAAAUAGUCACCUACUAUUUAUCACCAGCAAAUCAAUGAUUGUGUGAUUUUACAACUUUUUUUGUUUC